AUGCGUUCAUUAUGCGUUCUAGGUGUAGCGAUACAUGCCUCUCUGCUCAUACUGCUGACUCAAGGAAUUCACAAAUCUAGAGAUGGAGUUUAUCACGGAAAAUCACGACGCUUUGCUAUAGACCACCGUCCACCUGGAUACCAUUACCUGGCGCCGAAGUAUAUGAUGCACCUUUACCGGAAUUACAAGUCAAAUCUCACUCGGCCUAUAGACGUAAUGGAGAAGACCAUCACAAAACAAGCAGACACAGUCAAGAGUGUGAUGGCAAAAAGUUUAUUUCACAGACCCCGACGCUGGACUGCAACCUUUGACCUGAGCACCUUAUUGGCCGACGACCGGAUCCAAGCAGCGGAGCUCAGGUUCAGGUUUCCCCGGGCGACGAGGGCUUCCAACAUUACCGUGGAGAUUUACCAUCACCACGACUACCCGUGCAGGCAGACACAGGGGAUCUGCCAGGAACACCAGCUGGUGGGAUAUCUCUCUGUCUCCUCUGUGAUUAACUCCUCUCAACACUGGAAGGUGUACAACCUCACUGGUCCGCUGUUGAACUGGCUCGGCCAGGAACACAUUUCCAGGAGCUCAAUGAAGAGGAGAUCACCAGACAAGACAAAGAGAGAUGUGUUCUUCCCCAACCCUGUCCAGUUGGCUGGCUCUACAACACAGCAGAACCCUGUCCAGUUGGCUGGGUCUACAACACAGCAGAACUCUGUCCAGUUGGCUGGCUCUACAACACAGCAGAACCCUGUCCAGUUGGCUGGGUCUGAAACACAGCAGAACCCUGUCCAGUUGGCUGGGUCUACAACACAGCAGAACCCUGUCCAGUUGGCUGGGUCUGAAACACAGCAGAACCCUGUCCAGUUGGCUGGUUCUAAAACACAGCAGAACCCUGUCCAGUUGGCUGGGUCUACAACACAGCAGAACCCUGUCCAGUUGGCUGGGUCUAAAACACAGCAGAACCCUGUCCAGUUGGCUGGGUCUAAAACACAGCAGAACCCUGUCCAGUUGGCUGGGUCUAAAACACAGCAGAACCCUGUCCAGUUGGCUGGGUCUACAACACAGCAGAACCCUGUCCAGUUGGCUGGGUCUGAAACACAGCAGAACCCUGUCCAGUUGGCUGGGUCUACAACACAGCAGAGUCAGUGUGUGAACAACAGAGCCUUGCUGGUUGUAUUCUCUCAUACAGGGUCAGAGGAGGGCUCCCAGGCCAAGGCUAGCCUCCUCCACACGGCCGAACAGUCCAAGUUCCUGUCCACCACCGAGCCCCAGAAGAUCCGCAGGCCGAAGAGACACAAGAAAAAACGGGUCCACUCAGGCCAGGAGGAUCCACCGGACAUGAGAGGUCCAGAGGUGUCCAGCGGAAAUAAUAAGAUUGACCCGUCUCUCUGUGGAAGAGUUGAUAUGCAUGUAGACUUCAAUCAGAUAGGCUGGGGGUCCUGGAUCGUCUUCCCAAAGAUGUAUAAUGCCUAUCGAUGUGAGGGGAUCUGUCCAAGUCCUUUGGGAGAAGACUUGAACCCAACAAAUCAUGCUUACAUGCAGAGUCUCCUAAAACACUACCACCCUGAGCGUGUUCCCUCGGCGUGCUGCGCCCCCACCAAGAUGAGUCCUCUAAGCAUGCUGUAUUAUGAGAAUGGAGAAAUGCUGCUUCGCCAUCACGAGGAUAUGGUUGUGGAUGAAUGUGGCUGCCUGUAGCCUCUGCCACAGGAUUUAACCUGAUCUUCAGUAAAGAAACGACCGGAGCAAAGCCUGGGGCCGUCUUCUCACAACUGCUUGAGAAUGAGACUAGGCUACCACUCAUCUCUUUCGGGACACACGCAACAGAGGGUUCCGGAAACUUUAGAGUGGAAUUUCACUGACAGAACUAUUAUCCAAGAGUCUGUAUCAGAUGGAUGAAAACAGUAAGAAAAAACUUUGUGUUAGUUCUUUUGAUUAUUGUGACUGUGCACUCCUCAAGCAGUACGGCAGAUGUCCUGUAUGUUUUACAAAGCCUAGAUAUAUACAGUAUGGAUUUUCUCUCAGAAUGUGACUGAUUUUAUGUUACUGAUUUUAGGAAUCAGAAAGAGGACCUGCCAUUUCAUUAUAAGUCAUAGGAAAUGGUGUUGUUCAUCAUUUAAGCACUGUUUAUACUACUAUACACCUACUGGGUGUAACGGCACAUGGACAUUAUAUUAAUUGUAAAUAAUAAUAAAAUAAAGUUUGGGUAUUUAUGUUAAUUUAUUGCUCUCUCUGUUUUUAGGAGGAUUUCAUCAUAAAUAUUUGAUAUUGUUUGAUGUUUGAAAUGUUUGAUAUUGUAAAAAUAUUUUGUUAGCUGAUUAAAGUGUAUGUAUUUUGUA